AUGGGCUCCAACAAACCUCGUGGACUUCAAGCCGCUCGCAAACUCCGCAAUGACCGGCGUGUAAACCGCUGGGCGGAUAAAUCAUACAAAAAGCGUGCUCUUGGUAACGUUUAUAAGACGUCUCCAACUGGUGGUUCGUCACACGCAAAGGGCAUCGUACUCGAAAAAGUCGGCGUUGAGGCUAAGCAGCCUAACUCUGCCAUCCGCAAAUGUGUGCGUGUGCAACUUAUCAAGAAUGGCAAGAAGGUUACGGCUUUCGUACCUAAUGAUGGUUGCCUGAACUUUGUCGAUGAGAACGAUGAAGUUCUUAUAUCGGGUUUCGGUCGUAGUGGAAAGGCCAAGGGUGAUAUUCCCGGUGUGCGAUUCAAGGUUGUCAAGGUUUCUGGUGUCGGUCUCCUUGCUCUCUGGAAGGAGAAGAAGGAAAAACCAAGGUCAUAA